CUUUCAGAAGACCAGGAAGUACACCACAGUCUACAUUUCAAAAAUAAUAAAAAGGAUUUGACUUGCGUAAUUGAAUAUAGCAGUGACGAUACUAUGACGAUCAAGGACGAAAUUAUUUUUGAUGAUCGAGAGACUACAAUCCGUACGUGUAAUGAAAGAUAUGAGCCAAAAUUGUGCGUAUAUAUAAAAAAGGAUAUUUUUCCUACUAACCAACUGCCGAUCCGUAAGGAAAAGAAAAUUCAGGAAUCAGAACUGGAAUCGUACAAGAAGUACAAAUGCGAAAAGUGUGCUCGAACCUACAAAAAGAAACAGAGUUUGGUUACUCAUAAAAAAUUCGAAUGCGACGUUGUUCCACAGUUCGGAUGUAAACUCUGCGACAAGCGAUUUAAACGAAAAUUUCACGUGAAUGCCCAUGUAAAUCGCGUGCAUCAUAACGCAAACUCAAAUAAGUCGGAAUUGAGGCAUAAAUGUAAUAUGUGUCCUCGAAGUUACACUUUACUCAGAAAUUUAAGUCAGCAUAAACAUGUAGAACAUGCAGCAGUCAAAACACGAUUUAUUUGCGAUUAUUGCGGCUACAAAACGAAAUGGAAAAGUCACUUGUCAACGCACAUUACUGUUUCUCAUUUAAAGACGUCGAAACCAAGGCAUAAUUGUAACAAAUGUUCAAGAAGUUAUGCUUCAGUACACGGUUUGAAUCGGCAUAAAAGUAUAGAACACGCAUUAGUCGUACGAAAAUUUAUUUGCGAUUUUUGUGGUUUCAAAACAAAUUUAAAGAGUAGCUUGUCAAGACACAUUAUUGCUAGUCACUUAAUGACAUCGAAAACAAGGCAUCAUUGUAACGAAUGUUCAAAAAGUUAUGUUUGGUUAAGUGCUUUAAAUCAGCAUAAACGUUUAGUCCACUCAGAAUUUAAACCGAAUUUCUUUUGCCACUAUUGUGAACACAAAACGAAUCAGAAAAGUAGCUUGUUAAGACACAUUGCUUUGCGCCACUUGAAACAAUAGUAGUGGGCAUUAAAUAUUAAAAUUUUGGAAAUUUCUAAUAUUUUUUUGAAAACCCCAUUAUUUCACAACAUAUG